AUGCAUAUUCAAGAUAUUUCGCAAAAGUUUGUCCCGCCACUCGCCAAACUGUUGCAGUUCCGACCUAAUGAGGAUCCAGAGGCCCUAUCACUGCGAAUUGCUCAGGGUACGAAAUCCCUACCCUCAUCUCUCCGAUCAAGCCGACUGGAGAAUUUCCUGUUACCUGGCCGCGGCCAUCUCUGCUCGCUUCACAAGUGCCUUCAUUACGACGUCGUUCGAUUAGUACUUCGUCAUGUCCAGCUCGAAGUCGGAAUUCGCCUCAAUAAUGUCAUCUCCCACAGCGAAAUGCUAGCCCCCGAGCUGUACAGUCGUAUCAAGAGGCUACGAGAACUGCACGCCUUAUGGCUUGACCCUAGAGAGUACCGGAAGACCUUCAUGGCUUCGUCUCGGGAUCUAAAGUGGAAGUAUCAGACUGACGGGUGCGAAGCUUGCAUGCUCUCGAAGAUCACAAGCGAUCUACAGAUCCUUCUUGACAUGAGGUGGGCGUUCCGCUCACGCGCGACCCGUGCUUUCGUCGCGAAAUACGGCAAUCCUAGCCUUCAGCAAUGGGUUCAUGUUUGGAUUGCAACUUUGGCAGGAUUUGUUGAAGAGACCACCGGUACCACCAUCGAUCUCGACGCGGUCAUCCUGCACAAUGAUGAGGAAGCUAUCCUGAUGAAGAAGACGAGGGCUGAGAUCGCCGCUCUGAGACAACACACCCAUCAGUACCAGAAGAGCGGACCCGCCAAUGGAGCAUACAUGACACAGGUCCCGUACGAUUGGAGCUAUCCAAUCCAUUCUGCUCCUCACCAACCGAGCCCGCAAAAACUUCCCGUCACCCAGGAUGCGACUGGAGUUCAAGCGGAAGAAUUCAUUGGAGACACAAACGAAAGCCACCUCGAAGGUAUGGACCCUUAUGAAGCAUUAACAAGCACCCCAUAUCUCCCCAGAACAACAUACUCACCACCCACCAAGCAGCCCACUGAAUCAGUUUUGACCAUGAGCACCGUUUCCGCUGACCGUUCUUCCAAAGGCCGGAGCCCGUAUCAGCAGAGAGUCUCCGAGCGAGAAUCAGAGGUCAGUAUCCGUGUCUACUUAGACGAGCGUCUGCAGGUUGUCACUGAGGAUGAACCAGAUGCCGCGCACGAGGUGGCACAGUUGCAGCAAGAAUACGUUCACCCUCGUUCGACGUGGGAGAAGUCAACACCUCAGGAGCCGGCACUCACGUCGUCGACACUUCUGCCUCGUCCGGACGCAACUCAGGGCCCAACCCGUCCAAGUUCCGUGGUCUCAACCGAUACCUGGGAGAGAUCUACCAACUCAUCGGGAGACUCCUGGGAGUCUGAACAAUUCGUCAUGGCGGAUUGCGGUUCAAGCGUCUAUUCAUCCCCCCCGAAAACCCCCGGACUGAAUGACUACAAGUCUCCGAGUCAAAGCUGGCGCAACCUCUCAAGCGUCGCUGGGGAACGGAGCACUUCGCGACAACGACGUUUGGUGAAAGCACAGAAUCGCGAUCCCGCACAGACGUACACUAACCUUCUGCAUUCCUCGCCUUUCUCAGAGUCAACGGCCACUCUACGACAACCAAGCCAACAGCAACAGCAACAGCAACAGCGUCCGAGGCCAGUACAGGUACGUUCCCCAACCAACGAAUCUAGCUCUCGUCCAGCCUCCGCGUCCGAGCUGUUUCUAAGUUUAUACAGCGAGGACAGUCGUCCUCGAGACUCGUCCACUUUGAAAGCCACGUACCUCCGCAAUUCGUCAGUUACGCCUUCGAGAGAGGUCGAUCCCAGCGCGGAUGCCCACCAAGUCCCAUUUGAAUCCAGAUGUGGGCAAUCGGAGCGAUCUCGGCCAGCACCAGUCGCGGCGUCAACACCCUCCAAGCCAGAUACGCCAACCACGCCACGCGCACCUCCCGCACCUCCCGCGACACAAAGACCAAAGUCGGAUUCUACAGAACAGUUCCUCAAGCUCUACGAUGAAGUUGUCUCAUCGUACAUGCCGUCGUCAGGUCAAGUGGUGGGGCAACAAGCCUCAUUGACGCUCCCACAGUCGACCUCGACCUCCGUCUCUACGAUGACGAAGAAUCGGUUAGCACCUGAAAGACUCUCCCACCGGUCUCGUCCGACGCAGCAAUCCGUGGACAUCGACCGUAUCGUGCGCAAUACCGCCAGUGGCACCAUCUCGGAUGCUCGCGACGGGAGUCGAGCCAGAAGCAUUACGGCGAGGACCGCGAUUUUGACUCCAUCGCUGGUCUCAGCUUCGACUUUUCCCAGCGACUGCUCUUCGAGUCCAAUCCCGUCACAGAGGGGCCCAUCAUGCACGCAUGGUCGUUCCUCCCGUAAGCAGGGAGAGAGGGGCAAGGAUGGUAGCGGCAGUGAUGAGAGUCGUCAGACGACUUGGAGUUCGGCCUACGCGAGUCAAGUCCAGGACCGGGAGGAUCUAGGGUGGUAUUACGGUAGAGUCAAGGGGAAAGACAAGAGGUAA